GGACUGCCAAUCCAUACUCUGUAAAGAUCCAUAACGUAGUAAAAAGAGAAGAACAUAACAUAACCUUUAAAAUAAAUGAAAUUUAAAAACAGAAUGUGUAUAUAAUUUUUGAACAGAAUUUUCAAGCUUAUGCACAUUACUGUUAUACUUUUUAUUAUCUUAAUCGAAUAUUUAUUAUAAAAAAGUAACAAUUUAUAAUGGAUGAUUCUCUACAAGACGUAGCAACUGAAUUCGAAACAGAUUUUUUUGUUAACGAAACCGAGCAAACUGCUAGUACAUCUAAGGAAGUUAAUGUAAAUAUCAAGAUACCUAGUAGCAAAACUCAUUGUAUAUUGGUGAAUCCGAAACAACGAGGAAACCCUCUACUGAAAUCAAUACACAACGUUCCUUGGGAGUAUGAGGAUAUAAUACCAGAUUAUCAAAUGGGAUUAACAACUUGCGCUUUAUUUCUUUCUAUUAGAUACCAUAAUUUAAAUCCUGAUUACAUUCAUGAAAGAUUAAAAAAGUUGGGGCAAAUGUACCAGCUAAGAGUUCUUUUAGUUCAGAUUGAUAUUAAAGAUCCACAUCACGUUUUAAAAAAUUUAACAAGAAUAUGUAUUUUGGCAGACUUGACAUUAAUACUGGCAUGGAGUCCUGAAGAAGCAGGAAAAAUAAUAGAAACUUAUAAAAUUUACGAAAAUAAACCAGCAGAAAGUAUUAAAGAAAAAGGGGAAGCUUCGCCAUAUUUAAGGUUGAUACAAGUUUUAACAUCUGUGAGAUCAAUAAAUAAGUCUGACGCAAUGGCGUUAAUCGACAAAUUCAAAACUCUGAAUGGCAUUAUACAGGCAUCAGAACUACAGUUGGCAGAAAUUCCCGGUUUCGGUUUGAGAAAGGCUAAUAAAUUGUAUACAUGUUUACAUGAAAGAUUUUGUAGGUGACACAAUUAAGAACUAUUUAAAUUUGUACCAAAUAUAGUUGAAUAUUUCAUUUUUUGUUAAAAUUAAAUUUUAUUUUUACAAGUGAAAACAAGCGCAAUGGAAAAAACGCAAACUUUUAAGUAAUUUUGAUACUUGGAUUAUUGUUUUGUUGGUUCAGACAUUCUGAACACACUAUUAAUUCCAACGGGAAAAUUGCCUUGGCGGGAAUCUUCACAUUUAUACCGUAACUACUAAACUAUAGAGUGGGCUGUAAGCAAUUGGCCCUUUGUCCCUAUUUAUGCUACUCUCACAUUUAGGAUACAAGCUGUUUAUUCUGUCAUAUCAUCUUCAUAGACUGAAGGUAAAAUAAAACCUAUUAAUUUGACUUACCUGUUUUAUACUAAAUUUUCCCACCAAUAAACUUUCUCCCACGAAAAUAAUCCCAGGGGGAAAACCCUUUUGGCGGGAAUUGUCAUAUUUAUUCCUUAACUACUAAAUUUUAGAGUGGGCUGUAAGGAAUUGGUCCUUUGUCCCUAUUGAUGCUACUCUUACAUUUAGGAUACAAGCUGUUUAUCUCCUGUCAAUUCCUAAAUAGUUGAAUAUUUAUCUUUUCCGAUGUUAUUUCAAUUGUUAAUGUUUUCGUCAAGUCUUUCUCAUUCCCUUGGUUGUAGUAAAAUUACUUCUGUUACUUUUCUUAUUAUUUUCUUCUUAACCCAGUUGAGUCUUUAUGUAUCAUAUUACUUAUCACAUUUCUUUGGUGUCUUUUCUGUUUUCACUCUCACUUUUAAUCCACAUAUUCUUAUUAGUUUUCUAUCAGUUAGUUAACGACAUUACUCUUCCUUUUUGUUUAUUAUUGUUUCACACGAUUUCAUCCAUGUCUUUAAUAUAUUUAUAAUGAACAUCAAUUUUUCUUCUACUUUCUUCUUGGUCAUCCUGACUGCUCUUAUUAUUUUUAUCAAUUCUGAUAUUUUAUCUAUAAUUUCCAUAUUUUCUUUUAUCUCGUUUCACCAGGUUCCUCUUUUCUAUUCUUAUUAUUUCUAUUGAUCUUAUUAGGUGUCUAGUUCAGUUGCGUUUUUAUACAACUGUUU